AUGCCUCUACUAAAGAGAAAUUGGUGUGAAAAAAGCACCCCGGAAGAGAGAAACAGGGCUGAAUUACUCUGCAGUUCCGAUUGUGAUAGUGAUCCGGUAAUUUUGAGUAUGCCUCUUCUCUCGCCAACGUUUUACUUUCAGCCAGCAGAUGCUAGUGAUAGUGAUCAGGUAAUCAGUAUGCCUCUUCUUUCACAACGUUUUUACUCCAAGUCAACAGAUUGUAAAAAGUCAACAACUCACCCAGAGUGCACAAACUAUAAUACAGACACAUUGAACACUGAAGUCUUUGGUAACUUGAAAACAAAUGAAAACGAACAAAUAUUUGGUGAUCCUCAGUCCACAGGACAUGCGGUAAUCAAAGUUGCAGAACUUUUAUUGACGUCAGGGCCUAUGGUACCUACGCAAGAAGCUGGGAAAAUUUACACCAAAGAAAAAAACUUAUUUCUUGGACUUGCAGAAGAGAAUUUGAAAAAACAAAAAUAA